UUUAGUACACACAAUGGGUUCUAAGGGAGCACAUUUGGGGCUCUUAGUGUUUUUCAUCACAUUUUGUGCUGUUUCUACAACAGUAUAUUAUCCAUGUUAUGCAAAAAAUAAGCUUUGGAUAGAUAAAUACAACUGCAUAUUGGACAUAGAAAAAUGUUUUUUACGAAAAUAUCCCAUUAUGUUUUCAUCAUCUGGAAGAUGGUUUAAUUCAAAAAUAACAAACAACUACAUACCACAAAAAACAUAUUUUUAUAUAAGAGGAUUCGUCAACCCGGAAGUCUCACUAUAUUCCAACAUAAUAGCCGGAAAGCCUUACAAUUUUGCAGAUUUACAAUGUAAUAAUGAAGUGAGACCUGACUUGAAAAAACAGAAAAAGAAUGUUUUGGUGAUAAUACAGAAUAUAUGAAAGUAGGGUUUUGGGCACAGGGUAAUUUUUUCAUGGAGGUAUAUAGUGUCUGUUUUGACAAAAAGAAUGAUGUUCCUUUGUACACAAGGCAUAAAUUGUCUCCUCAGCAUACAGAUAUUCCUUCAACCUCUCAAUGGUACAGCUCUUCUGAUAUACCUGCUGAAGAGUUUGAGGAGUUGUACAAUUGUAGAAGGCAACUGUAUGAUGUCGGUAUAGCUUUGGGAAGAGGAUUACGUUCUAUGUCUUGCUGCUUUGGAAGAAGACAACUCGUCAAUCCACGGGAUUUGCCUCCCGGUGUACCAGUGACAGCGACUUUCGAGUAUAAAAAUGUUGUUCCACAUUGGAGCUCCUGUAAUUCAAAGAAUUGGGACGAAUUGGAAGUAUUGGUCAGGAACUUGGCAAAAAAAGCCGGUCGUGACCUGACCGUGUUUACAGGCACGUCAAACGUAAAUUACGCCAAAACGGUAGAUAUUGAAAUUAACAAUGGCCGAGACAGACACCAAAAAAUUCCACCAUACUUGUGGAAGGUGGUUCAAGAUCGAGUUACAGAUUCAUCAAUUGCAAUAAUACAAGUGAAUAUACCAGAAUUAACUCAAGACGAAGUAGAGAAGCAUGUUCUGUGUGUAGAUAUUUGUAAUAAUAUUAAGUGGAUGGAGGGCCCAAAAUGGGACGAUGUAAACAACGGCUACACGUAUUGCUGUAACAUGAAAGAAUUCGAAGAAGUCUUCGGAUACACCCGUCCUAUCACCAGCAUGAAACGAGUCCUCUUCGAUGCCAGUUUGACUCUCGAUACCUAUUUGAUUAUGUAAUGAAGUUUAGAAAUAAUAUUAAAGCAAUAUUUAUGAAAUUUAACUAUGUUAUACGUAUGGUAGUUUGUAAUGUACUUAAUUCUGGGGUCGAGCGUAAAUAUUUGAUUAUUCUCCUGCGACUAAAUGAUUUUGUUUUAUAAUUAUAAUGUUUCGUUGUGUGACGUUCUCAUCAAUCAGCUAUCAGCGUAGUAACCCUCGAGUGUCCCUUCCAAGUUUUCCUUAUAAAUGACAUUUGACUCUUUGUACCGAUAGUCCUAUGGAGGAUAAUUUAUUCUUCGGGUAUUUAAAUAAUUAUGUUUGUGAAACUACUUCUGAAUAUUUUUUUGUAUGAUUGUUUUCAGUUGUAAUAAAUAUGUGUUUGCGAAAAUAA